AUUAAAUAAUUUUCAAAAUCGUUCUUUCCAAAGAAUCAAAUGGUGUCCAUCGACUCACUAGCCAUGGAAAAAGAUGGGACAAUGGCCAAAGGGCAACAACAUAGUGACGAAUAUCAGCCAUAAUAAAAAAAACACCCUGCCAAAUUUCCAAAAUCGAAGUGGUGAAAAGGAACGCAGCGGAAACAAAGCAUUUGCUUUGUCCACACACUCUUCGAUCCAAUGCUCCACUACAAUCUCACCUUUUACCCCUUCCCUCUGCCAUCCCCUCCUCCAUCUUCCUCCUCCAUGUUUCCGCCGGCCAGCCUUCUUCCUUCUCAGGAGGAAUUAAUGGUCGACGAACUCCUUGACCUCAGGGGGAUGCCUGAACAAGAAAACAAGGUGGAGGAAAAAGAAGAAGAUACAAAAAAAGCGUCUUUUAUCCCAUUGGAGAAGAACGAAUCUGUUCUUCUCUCCGAAAUCAGGCUACCUGAAGAGAACGAAGCAACAAACCUCGAGUGGCUCUCCCGUUUCGUCCACGACUGCAACUCGCCGGAAUCACCAGCUUCGCCGCCAGUAACGGCUGG